UCCUUUGUUCCAGGUGCGGCCGCAUUUCCGCCAUUGCCCUAAUUCACGCCUCAGCGCAGGCCGGGAACCAACCUUGCGCCCACCCCUCCACUUCCGCCACUUCCCCUUCCGUCGCUUCCUCCGCUUUCCUCGAAGCCCUCCCCAGACGCUCCGCGCUCGCGGGCGGACUCCUCGCCUUGGCUUCCGCCACCCUCUCCCCGUAUCUCCCGCUACCCACCCUCUCUCCCCCCCCGUCGCGCACGCCGCCGCGGACGCCGCCGCAACGGCGGAAGCCGCAGCCGCCGCGGGCGGAAGCGACCUGCUGAAAGGGCUCCGAUCCGCGUUCGAUUCGGAGGAGCUCACAGCGAGCGGGCGGCGGCUUCCGAAGGCGUACGUGCAGAGCGUGACGGCGCUCAUCAGCAGCCUGCGCGACGCGCUGGGCGCGGAGGAGGGCGACCGGGGGGAGUUCCGGCGCAAGGCGGAGGUGGCUAAGGGCGCGAUCCGCGCGUACCUGGGGGAGUGGCGGGGGAAAGCGCCAGAGAACACUGAGAUUGCACAGAGGUCGUCUCACUCUAUCCCCCUCGUCUGCACCUCAUUGCCCUCUUCCCCACUUUCCUCCCUCUCCUCCCUCUCCCCACUUUCCUCCCUCUCCUCCCUCUCCCCACUUUCCUCCCUCUCCUCCCUCUCCCCACUUUCCUCCCUCUCCCCACUUUCCUCCCUCUCCUCCUUCUCCCCACUUUCCUCCCUCUCCUCCCUCUCCCCACUUUCCUCCCUCUCCUCCCUCUCCCCACUUUCCUCCCUCUCCUCCCUCUCCCCACUUUCCUCCCUCUCCUCCCUCUCCCCACUUUCCUCCCUCUCCUCCCUCUCCCCACUUUCCUCCCUCUCCUCCCUCUCCCCACUUUCCUCCCUCUCCUCCCUCUCCCCACUUUCCUCCCUCUCCUCCCUCUCCCCACUUUCCUCCCUCUCCUCCCUCUCCCCACUUUCCUCCCUCUCCUCCCUCUCCCCACUUUCCUCCCUCUCCUCCCUCUCCCCACUUUCCUCCCUCUCCUCCCUCUCCCCACUUUCCUCCCUCUCCUCCCUCUCCCCCCGUUCCUCCCUCUCCUCCCUCUCCCCACUUUCCUCCCUCUCCUCCCGCUCCUCCCUCUCCCCAGUUUCCUCCCUCUCCUCCCGCUCCUCCCUCUCCCCACUUUCCUCCCUCUCCUCCCUCUCCCCACUUUCCUCCCUCUCCUCCCUCUCCCCAAUUUCCUCCCUCUCCUCCCUCUCCCCACUUUCCUCCCUCUCCUCCCUCUCCCCACUUUCCUCCCUCUCCUCCCUCUCCCCACUUUCCUCCCUCUCCUCCCUCUCCCCACUUUCCUCCCUCUCCUCCCUCUCCCCACUUUCCUCCCUCUCCUCCCGCUCCUCCCUCUCCCCACUUUCCUCCCUCUCCUCCCGCUCCUCCCUCUCCCCACUACCCACUACAUCACCUCCUCUUUUUGACUCUGCUCUCACAAUGCUCUCCUGCUUCUUCAUGCCUGCUUCUAAGUUCCCCUUUCACAUUCUCUCCCUGCCCUGUUCCUGCUUCUUUGUUCCCCUUUCACAUUCUCUCCCUGCCCUGUUCCUGCUUCUAUGUUCCCCUUUCACAUUCUCUCCCUGCCCUGUUCCUGCUUCUAUGUUCCCCUUUCACAUUCUCUCCCUGCCCUGUUCCUGCUUCUAUGUUCCCCUUUCACAUUCUCUCCCUGCCCUGUUCCUGCUUCUAUGUUCCCCUUUCACAUUCUCUCCCUGCCCUGUUCCUGCUUCUAUGUUCCCCUUUCACAUUCUCUCCCUGCCCUGUUCCUGCUUCUAUGUUCCCCUUUCACAUUCUCUCCCUGCCCUGUUCCUGCUUCUAUGUUCCCCUUUCACAUUCUCUCCCUGCCCUGUUCCUGCUUCUAUGUUCCCCUUUCACAUUCUCUCCCUGCCCUGUUCCUGCUUCUAUGUUCCCCUUUCACAUUCUCUCCCUGCCCUGUUCCUGCUUCUAUGUUCCCCUUUCACAUUCUCUCCCUGCCCUGUUCCUGCUUCUAUGUUCCCCUUUCACAUUCUCUCCCUGCCCUGUUCCUGCUUCUAUGUUCCCCUUUCACAUUCUCUCCCUGCCCUGUUCCUGCUUCUAUGUUCCUCUUUCACAUUCUCUCCCUGCCCUGUUCCUGCUUUUAUGUUCCCCUUUCACGUUCUCUCCCUGCCCUGUUCCUGCUUCUAUGUUCCCCUUGCACAUUCUCUCCCUGCCCUGUUCCUGCUUCUAUGUUCCCCUUUCACAUUCUCUCCCUGCCCUGUUCCUGCUUCUAUGUUCCCCUUUCACAUUCUCUCCCUGCCCUGUUCCUGCUUCUAUGUUCCCCUUUCAUUCACAUUCUCUCCCUGCCCUGUUCCUGCUUCUAAGUUCCCCUUUCACAUUCUCUCCCUGCCCUGUUCCUGCUUCUAUGUUCCCCUUUCACAUUCUCUCCCUGCCCUGUUCCUGCUUCUAUGUUCCCCUUUCACAUUCUCUCCCUGCCCUGUUCCUGCUUCUAAGUUCCCCUUUCACAUUCCCUCCCUGCCCUGUUCCUGCUUCUAUGUUCCCCUUUCACAUUCUCUCCCUGCCCUGUUCCUGCUUCUAAGUUCCCCUUUCACAUUCCCUCCCUGCCCUGUUCCUGCUUCUAUGUUCCCCUUUCACAUUCUCUCCCUGCCCUGUUCCUGCUUCUAUGUUCCCCUUUCACAUUCUCUCCCUGCCCUGUUCCUGCUUCUAAGUUCCCCUUUCACAUUCCCUCCCUGCCCUGUUCCUGCUUCUAUGUUCCCCUUUCACAUUCUCUCCCUGCCCUGUUCCUGCUUCUAUGUUCCCCUUUCACAUUCUCUCCCUGCCCUGUUCCUGCUUCUAAUUCCCCUUUCACAUUCCCUCCCUGCCCUGUUCCUGCUUCUGAGUUCCCCUUUCACAUUCUCUCCCUGCCCUGUUCCUGCUUCUAUGUUCCCCUUUCACAUUCUCUCCCUGCCCUGUUCCUGCUUCUAUGUUCCCCUUUCACAUUCUCUCCCUGCCCUGUUCCUGCUUCUAUGUUCCCCUUUCACAUUCUCUCCUUGCCCUGUUCCUGCUUCUAUGUUCCCCUUUCACAUUCCCUCCCUGCCCUGUUCCUGCUUCUAUGUUCCCCUUUCACAUUCUCUCCCUGCCCUGUUCCUGCUUCUAAGUUCCCCUUUCACAUUCUCUCCCUGCCCUGUUCCUGCUUCUAAGUUCCCCUUUCACAUUCUCUCCCUGCCCUGUUCCUGCUUCUAUGUUCCCCUUUCACAUUCUCUCCCUGCCCUGUUCCUGCUUCUAUGUUCCCCUUUCUCAUUCUCUCCCUGCCCUGUUCCUGCUUCUAUGUUCCCCUUUCACAUUCUCUCCCUGCCCUGUUCCUGUUUCUAUGUUCCCCUUUCACAUUCUCUCCCUGCCCUGUUCCUGCUUCUAAGUUCCCCUUUCACAUUCUCUCCCUGCCCUGUUCCUGUUUCUAUGUUCCCCUUUCACAUUCUCUCCCUGCCCUGUUCCUGCUUCUAUGUUCCCCUUUCACAUUCUCUCCCUGCCCUGUUCCUGCUUCUAUGUUCCCCUUUCUCAUUCUCUCCCUGCCCUGUUCCUGCUUCUAUGUUCCCCUUUCACAUUCUCUCCCUGCCCUGUUCCUGUUUCUAUGUUCCCCUUUCACAUUCUCUCCCUGCCCUGUUCCUGCUUCUAAGUUCCCCUUUCACAUUCUCUCCCUGCCCUGUUCCUGCUUCUAAGUUCCCCUUUCACAUUCUCUCCCUGCCCUGUUCCUGCUUCUAUGUUCCCCUUUCACAUUCUCUCCCUGCCCUGUUCCUGCUUCUAUGUUCCCCUUUCACAUUCUCUCCCUGCCCUGUUCCUGCUUCUAAUUCCCCUUUCACAUUCUCUCCCUGCCCUGUUCCUGUUUCUAUGUUCCCCUUUCACAUUCUCUCCCUGCCCUGUUCCUGCUUCUAUGUUCCCCUUUCACAUUCUCUCCCUGCCCUGUUCCUGCUUCUAUGUUCCCCUUUCACAUUCUCUCCCUGCCCUGUUCCUGCUUCUAUGUUCCCCUUUCACAUUCUCUCCUUGCCCUGUUCCUGCUUCUAUGUUCCCCUUUCACAUUCCCUCCCUGCCCUGUUCCUGCUUCUAUGUUCCCCUUUCACAUUCUCUCCCUGCCCUGUUCCUGCUUCUAAGUUCCCCUUUCACAUUCUCUCCCUGCCCUUUCCCCUUUCACAUUCUCUCCCUGCCCUGUUCCUCUUUCUAUGUUCCCCUUUCACAUUCUCUCCCUGCCCUGUUCCUGCUUCUAUGUUCCCCUUUCACAUUCUCUCCCUGCCCUGUUCCUGCUUCUAUGUUCCCCUUUCACAUUCUCUCCCUGCCCUGUUCCUGCUUCUAUGUUCCCCUUUCACAUUCUCUCCUUGCCCUGUUCCUGCUUCUAUGUUCCCCUUUCACAUUCCCUCCCUGCCCUGUUCCUGCUUCUAUGUUCCCCUUUCACAUUCUCUCCCUGCCCUGUUCCUGCUUCUAAGUUCCCCUUUCACAUUCUCUCCCUGCCCUGUUCCUGCUUCUAAGUUCCCCUUUCACAUUCUCUCCCUGCCCUGUUCCUGCUUCUAUGUUCCCCUUUCACAUUCUCUCCCUGCCCUGUUCCUGCUUCUAUGUUCCCCUUUCACAUUCUCUCCCUGCCCUGUUCCUGCUUCUAAUUCCCCUUUCACAUUCUCUCCCUGCCCUGUUCCUGUUUCUAUGUUCCCCUUUCACAUUCUCUCCCUGCCCUGUUCCUGCUUCUAUGUUCCCCUUUCACAUUCUCUCCCUGCCCUGUUCCUGCUUCUAUGUUCCCCUUUCACAUUCUCUCCCUGCCCUGUUCCUGCUUCUAUGUUCCCCUUUCACAUUCUCUCCCUGCCCUGUUCCUGCUUCUAUGUUCCUCUUUCACAUUCUCUCCCUGCCCUGUUCCUGCUUUUAUGUUCCCCUUUCACGUUCUCUCCCUGCCCUGUUCCUGCUUCUAUGUUCCCCUUUCACAUUCUCUCCCUGCCCUUUCCCCUUUCACAUUCUCUCCCUGCCCUGUUCCUGCUUCUAUGUUCCCCUUUCACAUUCUCUCCCUGCCCUGUUCCUGCUUCUAAGUUCCCCUUUCACAUUCUCUCCCUGCCCUGUUCCUGUUUCUAUGUUCCCCUUUCACAUUCUCUCCCUGCCCUGUUCCUGCUUCUAUGUUCCCCUUUCACAUUCUCUCCCUGCCCUGUUCCUGCUUCUAUGUUCCCCUUUCUCAUUCUCUCCCUGCCCUGUUCCUGCUUCUAUGUUCCCCUUUCACAUUCUCUCCCUGCCCUGUUCCUGUUUCUAUGUUCCCCUUUCACAUUCUCUCCCUGCCCUGUUCCUGCUUCUAAGUUCCCCUUUCACAUUCUCUCCCUGCCCUGUUCCUGUUUCUAUGUUCCCCUUUCACAUUCUCUCCCUGCCCUGUUCCUGCUUCUAUGUUCCCCUUUCACAUUCUCUCCCUGCCCUGUUCCUGCUUCUAUGUUCCCCUUUCUCAUUCUCUCCCUGCCCUGUUCCUGCUUCUAUGUUCCCCUUUCACAUUCUCUCCCUGCCCUGUUCCUGUUUCUAUGUUCCCCUUUCACAUUCUCUCCCUGCCCUGUUCCUGCUUCUAAUUCCCCUUUCACAUUCUCUCCCUGCCCUGUUCCUGCUUCUAAUUCCCCUUUCACAUUCUCUCCCUGCCCUGUUCCUGCUUCUAUGUUCCCCUUUCACAUUCUCUCCCUGCCCUGUUCCUGCUUCUAUGUUCCCCUUUCACAUUCUCUCCCUGCCCUGUUCCUGCUUCUAAGUUCCCCUUUCACAUUCUCUCCCUGCCCUGUUCCUGCUUCUAAGUUCCCCUUUCACAUUCUCUCCCUGCCCUGUUCCUGUUUCUAUGUUCCCCUUUCACAUUCUCUCCCUGCCCUGUUCCUGCUUCUAUGUUCCCCUUUCACAUUCUCUCCCUGCCCUGUUCCUGCUUCUAUGUUCCCCUUUCACAUUCUCUCCCUGCCCUGUUCCUGCUUCUAUGUUCCCCUUUCACAUUCUCUCCUUGCCCUGUUCCUGCUUCUAUGUUCCCCUUUCACAUUCCCUCCCUGCCCUGUUCCUGCUUCUAUGUUCCCCUUUCACAUUCUCUCCCUGCCCUUUCCCCUUUCACAUUCUCUCCCUGCCCUGUUCCUCUUUCUAUGUUCCCCUUUCACAUUCUCUCCCUGCCCUGUUCCUGCUUCUAUGUUCCCCUUUCACAUUCUCUCCCUGCCCUGUUCCUGCUUCUAUGUUCCCCUUUCACAUUCUCUCCCUGCCCUGUUCCUGCUUCUAUGUUCCCCUUUCACAUUCUCUCCUUGCCCUGUUCCUGCUUCUAUGUUCCCCUUUCACAUUCCCUCCCUGCCCUGUUCCUGCUUCUAUGUUCCCCUUUCACAUUCUCUCCCUGCCCUGUUCCUGCUUCUAAGUUCCCCUUUCACAUUCUCUCCCUGCCCUGUUCCUGCUUCUAAGUUCCCCUUUCACAUUCUCUCCCUGCCCUGUUCCUGCUUCUAUGUUCCCCUUUCACAUUCUCUCCCUGCCCUGUUCCUGCUUCUAUGUUCCCCUUUCACAUUCUCUCCCUGCCCUGUUCCUGCUUCUAAUUCCCCUUUCACAUUCUCUCCCUGCCCUGUUCCUGUUUCUAUGUUCCCCUUUCACAUUCUCUCCCUGCCCUGUUCCUGCUUCUAUGUUCCCCUUUCACAUUCUCUCCCUGCCCUGUUCCUGCUUCUAUGUUCCCCUUUCACAUUCUCUCCCUGCCCUGUUCCUGCUUCUAUGUUCCCCUUUCACAUUCUCUCCCUGCCCUGUUCCUGCUUCUAUGUUCCUCUUUCACAUUCUCUCCCUGCCCUGUUCCUGCUUUUAUUUCCCCUUUCACAUUCUCUCCCUGCCCUGUUCCUGCUUCUAUGUUCCCCUUUCACAUUCUCUCCCUGCCCUGUUCCUGCUUCUAAGUUCCCCUUUCACAUUCUCUCCCUGCCCUGUUCCUGCUUCUAUGUUCCCCUUUCACAUUCUCUCCCUGCCCUGUUCCUGCUUCUAAGUUCCCCUUUCACAUUCUCUCCCUGCCCUGUUCCUGUUUCUAUGUUCCCCUUUCACAUUCUCUCCCUGCCCUGUUCCUGCUUCUAUGUUCCCCUUUCACAUUCUCUCCCUGCCCUGUUCCUGCUUCUAUGUUCCCCUUUCACAUUCUCUCCCUGCCCUGUUCCUGCUUCUAAGUUCCCCUUUCACAUUCUCUCCCUGCCCUGUUCCUGCUUCUAUGUUCCCUUUUCACAUUCUCUCCCUGCCCUGUUCCUGCUUCUAAGUUCCCCUUUCACAUUCUCUCCCUGCCCUGUUCCUGUUUCUAUGUUCCCCUUUCACAUUCUCUCCCUGCCCUGUUCCUGCUUCUAUGUUCCCCUUUCACAUUCUCUCCCUGCCCUGUUCCUGCUUCUAUGUUCCCCUUUCACAUUCUCUCCCUGCCCUGUUCCUGCUUCUAUGUUCCCCUUUCACAUUCUCUCCUUGCCCUGUUCCUGCUUCUAUGUUCCCCUUUCACAUUCCCUCCCUGCCCUGUUCCUGCUUCUAUGUUCCCCUUUCACAUUCUCUCCCUGCCCUGUUCCUGCUUCUAAGUUCCCCUUUCACAUUCUCUCCCUGCCCUUUCCCCUUUCACAUUCUCUCCCUGCCCUGUUCCUGCUUCUAAGUUCCCCUUUCACAUUCUCUCCCUGCCCUGUUCCUGCUUCUAAGUUCCCCUUUCACAUUCUCUCCCUGCCCUGUUCCUGUUUCUAUGUUCCCCUUUCACAUUCUCUCCCUGCCCUGUUCCUGCUUCUAUGUUCCCCUUUCACAUUCUCUCCCUGCCCUGUUCCUGCUUCUAUGUUCCCCUUUCACAUUCUCUCCCUGCCCUGUUCCUGCUUCUAUGUUCCCCUUUCACAUUCUCUCCCUGCCCUGUUCCUGCUUCUAUUUCCCCUUUCACAUUCUCUCCCUGCCCUGUUCCUGCUUCUAUGUUCCCCUUUCACAUUCUCUCCCUGCCCUGUUCCUGCUUCUAAGUUCCCCUUUCACAUUCUCUCCCUGCCCUGUUCCUGCUUCUAUGUUCCCCUUUCACAUUCUCUCCCUGCCCUGUUCCUGCUUCUAAGUUCCCCUUUCACAUUCUCUCCCUGCCCUGUUCCUGUUUCUAUGUUCCCCUUUCACAUUCUCUCCCUGCCCUGUUCCUGCUUCUAUGUUCCCCUUUCACAUUCUCUCCCUGCCCUGUUCCUGCUUCUAUGUUCCCCUUUCACAUUCUCUCCCUGCCCUGUUCCUGCUUCUAAGUUCCCCUUUCACAUUCUCUCCCUGCCCUGUUCCUGCUUCUAUGUUCCCCUUUCACAUUCUCUCCCUGCCCUGUUCCUGCUUCUAAGUUCCCCUUUCACAUUCUCUCCCUGCCCUGUUCCUGUUUCUAUGUUCCCCUUUCACAUUCUCUCCCUGCCCUGUUCCUGCUUCUAUGUUCCCCUUUCACAUUCUCUCCCUGCCCUGUUCCUGCUUCUAUGUUCCCCUUUCACAUUCUCUCCCUGCCCUGUUCCUGCUUCUAAGUUCCCCUUUCACAUUCUCUCCCUGCCCUGUUCCUGUUUCUAUGUUCCCCUUUCACAUUCUCUCCCUGCCCUGUUCCUGCUUCUAUGUUCCCCUUUCACAUUCUCUCCCUGCCCUGUUCCUGCUUCUAUGUUCCCCUUUCACAUUCUCUCCCUGCCCUUUCCCCUUUCACAUUCUCUCCCUGCCCUGUUCCUGUUUCUAUGUUCCCCUUUCACAUUCUCUCCCUGCCCUGUUCCUGCUUCUAUGUUCCCCUUUCACAUUCUCUCCCUGCCCUGUUCCUGCUUCUAUGUUCCCCUUUCUCAUUCUCUCCCUGCCCUGUUCCUGCUUCUAUGUUCCCCUUUCACAUUCUCUCCCUGCCCUGUUCCUGUUUCUAUGUUCCCCUUUCACAUUCUCUCCCUGCCCUGUUCCUGCUUCUAUGUUCCCCUUUCACAUUCUCUCCCUGCCCUGUUCCUGCUUCUAUGUUCCCCUUUCACAUUCUCUCCCUGCCCUGUUCCUGCUUCUAAGUUCCCCUUUCACAUUCUCUCCCUGCCCUGUUCCUGCUUCUAUGUUCCCCUUUCACAUUCUCUCCCUGCCCUGUUCCUGCUUCUAAGUUCCCCUUUCACAUUCUCUCCCUGCCCUGUUCCUGUUUCUAUGUUCCCCUUUCACAUUCUCUCCCUGCCCUGUUCCUGCUUCUAUGUUCCCCUUUCACAUUCUCUCCCUGCCCUGUUCCUGCUUCUAUGUUCCCCUUUCACAUUCUCUCCCUGCCCUGUUCCUGCUUCUAAGUUCCCCUUUCACAUUCUCUCCCUGCCCUGUUCCUGUUUCUAUGUUCCCCUUUCACAUUCUCUCCCUGCCCUGUUCCUGCUUCUAUUUCCCCUUUCACAUUCUCUCCCUGCCCUGUUCCUGCUUCUAUGUUCCCCUUUCACAUUCUCUCCCUGCCCUGUUCCUGCUUCUAAGUUCCCCUUUCACAUUCUCUCCCUGCCCUGUUCCUGUUUCUAUGUUCCCCUUUCACAUUCUCUCCCUGCCCUGUUCCUGCUUCUAUGUUCCCCUUUCACAUUCUCUCCCUGCCCUGUUCCUGCUUCUAUGUUCCCCUUUCUCAUUCUCUCCCUGCCCUGUUCCUGCUUCUAUGUUCCCCUUUCACAUUCUCUCCCUGCCCUGUUCCUGUUUCUAUGUUCCCCUUUCACAUUCUCUCCCUGCCCUGUUCCUGCUUCUAAGUUCCCCUUUCACAUUCUCUCCCUGCCCUGUUCCUGCUUCUAUGUUCCCCUUUCACAUUCUCUCCCUGCCCUGUUCCUGUUUCUAUGUUCCCCUUUCACAUUCUCUCCCUGCCCUGUUCCUGCUUCUAUGUUCCCCUUUCACAUUCUCUCCCUGCCCUGUUCCUGCUUCUAUGUUCCCCUUUCACAUUCUCUCCCUGCCCUGUUCCUGCUUCUAAUUCCCCUUUCACAUUCUCUCCCUGCCCUGUUCCUGUUUCUAUGUUCCCCUUUCACAUUCUCUCCCUGCCCUGUUCCUGCUUCUAUGUUCCCCUUUCACAUUCUCUCCCUGCCCUGUUCCUGCUUCUAUGUUCCCCUUUCACAUUCUCUCCCUGCCCUGUUCCUGCUUCUAAGUUCCCCUUUCACAUUCUCUCCCUGCCCUGUUCCUGUUUCUAUGUUCCCCUUUCACAUUCUCUCCCUGCCCUGUUCCUGCUUCUAUGUUCCCCUUUCACAUUCUCUCCCUGCCCUGUUCCUGCUUCUAUGUUCCCCUUUCACAUUCUCUCCCUGCCCUGUUCCUGCUUCUAAGUUCCCCUUUCACAUUCUCUCCCUGCCCUGUUCCUGCUUCUAUGUUCCCCUUUCACAUUCUCUCCCUGCCCUGUUCCUGCUUCUAAGUUCCCCUUUCACAUUCUCUCCCUGCCCUGUUCCUGUUUCUAUGUUCCCCUUUCACAUUCUCUCCCUGCCCUGUUCCUGCUUCUAUGUUCCCCUUUCACAUUCUCUCCCUGCCCUGUUCCUGCUUCUAUGUUCCCCUUUCUCAUUCUCUCCCUGCCCUGUUCCUGCUUCUAUGUUCCCCUUUCACAUUCUCUCCCUGCCCUGUUCCUGCUUCUAUGUUCCCCUUUCACAUUCUCUCCCUGCCCUGUUCCUGCUUCUAAGUUCCCCUUUCACAUUCUCUCCCUGCCCUGUUCCUGCUUCUAUGUUCCCCUUUCACAUUCUCUCCCUGCCCUGUUCCUGUUUCUAUGUUCCCCUUUCACAUUCUCUCCCUGCCCUGUUCCUGCUUCUAUGUUCCCCUUUCACAUUCUCUCCCUGCCCUGUUCCUGCUUCUAUGUUCCCCUUUCACAUUCUCUCCCUGCCCUUUCCCCUUUCACAUUCUCUCCCUGCCCUGUUCCUGUUUCUAUGUUCCCCUUUCACAUUCUCUCCCUGCCCUGUUCCUGCUUCUAUGUUCCCCUUUCACAUUCUCUCCCUGCCCUGUUCCUGCUUCUAUGUUCCCCUUUCACAUUCUCUCCCUGCCCUGUUCCUGCUUCUAAGUUCCCCUUUCACAUUCUCUCCCUGCCCUGUUCCUGUUUCUAUGUUCCCCUUUCACAUUCUCUCCCUGCCCUGUUCCUGCUUCUAUGUUCCCCUUUCACAUUCUCUCCCUGCCCUGUUCCUGCUUCUAUGUUCCCCUUUCACAUUCUCUCCCUGCCCUGUUCCUGCUUCUAAGUUCCCCUUUCACAUUCUCUCCCUGCCCUGUUCCUGCUUCUAUGUUCCCCUUUCACAUUCUCUCCCUGCCCUGUUCCUGCUUCUAAGUUCCCCUUUCACAUUCUCUCCCUGCCCUGUUCCUGUUUCUAUGUUCCCCUUUCACAUUCUCUCCCUGCCCUGUUCCUGCUUCUAUGUUCCCCUUUCACAUUCUCUCCCUGCCCUGUUCCUGCUUCUAUUUCCCCUUUCACAUUCUCUCCCUGCCCUGUUCCUGCUUCUAUGUUCCCCUUUCACAUUCUCUCCCUGCCCUGUUCCUGCUUCUAAGUUCCCCUUUCACAUUCUCUCCCUGCCCUGUUCCUGUUUCUAUGUUCCCCUUUCACAUUCUCUCCCUGCCCUGUUCCUGCUUCUAUGUUCCCCUUUCACAUUCUCUCCCUGCCCUGUUCCUGCUUCUAAGUUCCCCUUUCUCAUUCUCUCCCUGCCCUGUUCCUGCUUCUAUGUUCCCCUUUCACAUUCUCUCCCUGCCCUGUUCCUGUUUCUAUGUUCCCCUUUCACAUUCUCUCCCUGCCCUGUUCCUGCUUCUAAGUUCCCCUUUCACAUUCUCUCCCUGCCCUGUUCCUGCUUCUAUGUUCCCCUUUCACAUUCUCUCCCUGCCCUGUUCCUGCUUCUAAGUUCCCCUUUCACAUUCUCUCCCUGCCCUGUUCCUGUUUCUAUGUUCCCCUUUCACAUUCUCUCCCUGCCCUGUUCCUGCUUCUAUGUUCCCCUUUCACAUUCUCUCCCUGCCCUGUUCCUGCUUCUAAGUUCCCCUUUCUCAUUCUCUCCCUGCCCUGUUCCUGCUUCUAUGUUCCCCUUUCACAUUCUCUCCCUGCCCUGUUCCUGUUUCUAUGUUCCCCUUUCACAUUCUCUCCCUGCCCUGUUCCUGCUUCUAAGUUCCCCUUUCACAUUCUCUCCCUGCCCUGUUCCUGCUUCUAAGUUCCCCUUUCUCAUUCUCUCCCUGCCCUGUUCCUGCUUCUAUGUUCCCCUUUCACAUUCUCUCCCUGCCCUGUUCCUGUUUCUAUGUUCCCCUUUCACAUUCUCUCCCUGCCCUGUUCCUGCUUCUAAGUUCCCCUUUCACAUUCUCUCCCUGCCCUGUUCCUGCUUCUAA